GCUGGAUAAGCUCUUAGACACAUACAAUCCAGUUUGUUUGGGGAUUGUUGCAGUGGACUUUCCUGGGCCUGAACUCAUCAAAGCCCUCAUUGAUCUUAAUUGCAAAAAUACAGGAAUAGCUGAAAGUGAUGAGGCAGAAUAUACUGAGCAAGAUACUCAAACAGAAGAAGAACAAGAAAAAGAAGAGGGUACGGCAGUAACAUCUAUGAAUGAAGUGGAAGAAUAUGAUAAACCUGAUAAAGAUAAACAACCAGACACUGAAGACGAAGAACCAUCUGAUGACGGUAAAGAACAGGAGGCUGAUGAAAAACAGGAACCAGAUGAGAAAGAACCAGACCCUGGAGAAGGACAUCAACCAAAUGAGAAUAAAGAAGAGAAUGAAGGAGGACAACAACCAGAUGAGAAAAAAGAUCCAGACACUGAAGGACAACAACCAGAUGACAAUAAAGAACUGGAUUCUGAAGAAGGACAAGAACCAGAGGAGAAUAAAGAACCAGACUCUGAAGAAGGAAAAGAACCAGAUGAGAAUAAAGAACCAGACGGUGAAGCACAAGAUACAGAUGAGAAUAAAGAACCGGACACAGAAGAACGACAAGAACCAGAUGAGAAUAAAGAACUGGACUCUGAAGAAGGACAAGAGCCAGAGGAGAAUAAAGAACCAGACAGUGAAGCACAACAACCAGAUGAGAAUAAAGAACCAGACGGUGAAGAAGGACAUGAACAAGUUGAGAAUAAAGAACCAGAUGGUGAAGCACAAGAUACAGAUGAGAAUAAAGAACCGGACACAGAAGAACGACAAGAACCAGAUGAGAAUAAAGAACUGGACUCUGAAGAAGGACAAGAGCCAGAGGAGAAUAAAGAACCAGACUCUGAAGAAGGACAAGAACAAGAUGAGAAUGAAGAACCGGAUGCUGAAGAAGGACAACAACCAGAUGACAAUAAAGAACCGGACUCUGAAGGACAAGAACCAGUUAAGAAUAAAGAACUGGACUCUGAAGAAGGACAAGAGCAAGAUGAGAAUAAAGAACCAGACGGUGAAGCACAAGAAAAAGAUGAGAAUAAAGAACCAGAUGCUGAAGAAGGACAAGAACCAGAUGAGAAUAAAGAACCGGACUCUGAAGAAGGACAUGAACAAGUUGAGAAUAAAGAACCAGAUGCUGAAGAAGGACAAGAACAAGAUGAGAAUAAAGAACCAGACUCUGAAGAAGGACAAGAACCAAAUGAGAAUAAAGAACCAGACACAGAAGAAGGACAAGAACCAGAUGAGAAUAAAGAACCAGACUCUAAAGAAGGACAAGAACCAGUUGAGAAUAAAGAACCGGACACAGAAGUAGAAGGAACAGAUGAGAAUAAAGAACCAGACGGUGAAGCACAAGAAACAGAUGAGAAUAAAGAACCGAAUGCUGAAGAAGGACAAGAACCAGAUGAGAAUAAAGAACCGGACUCUGAAGAAGGACAAGAACCAGUUGAGAAUAAAGAACCAGACAGUGAAGCACAAGAAACAGAUGAGAAUAAAGAACCAGACGGUGAAGAAGGACAAGAACCAGAUGAGAAUAAAGAACUGGACUCUGAAGAAGGACAAGAACCGGUUGAGAAUAAAGAACCGGACGGUGAAACACGAGAACCAGAUGAGAAUAAAGAACCGGAACCUGGAGUAGGACAAGAACCAGAUGAGAAUAUAGAACUGGACUCUGAAGAAGGACAAGACCAAGAUGCGAAUAAAGAACCAGACAGUGAAGCACAAGAAACAGAUGAGAAUAAAGAACCGAAUGCUGAAGAAGGACAACAACCAGAUGAGAAUAAAGAACCGGACACUGAAGAAGGACAAGAACCAGAUGAGAAUAAAGAACCGGACACUGAAGAAGGACAAGAACCAGAUGAGAAUAAAGAACUGGACUCUGAAGAAGGACAAGAACCAGUUGAAAAUAAAGAACCGGACGGAGAAGCACAAGAAACAGAUGAGAAUAUAGAACUGGACUCUGAAGAAGGACAAGAACCAGUUGAAAAUAAAGAACCGGACGGAGAAGCACAAGAAACAGAUGAGAAUAUAGAACCGAAUGCUGAAGAAGGACAACAACCAGAUGAGAAUAAAGAACCGGACACUGAAGAAGGACAAGAACCAGAUGAGAAUAAAGAACCGGACACUGAAGAAGGACAAGAACCAGAUGAGAAUAAAGAACUGGACUCUGAAGAAGGACAAGAACCAGUUGAAAAUAAAGAACCGGACGGAGAAGCACAAGAACCAGAUGAGAAUAAAGAACCGGACUCUGAAGAAGGACAAGAACCAGAUGAGAAUAAAGCACCGGACGGAGAAGCACAAGAAACAGAUGAUAAUAAAGAACUGGACACUGAAGAAGGACAACAACCAGAUGAGAAUAUAGAACCGGACUCUGAAGAAGGACAAGAACCAGAUGAGAAUAAAGAACCAGACACAGAAGAAGGACAAGAACCAGAUGAGAAUAAAGAGCCAGACUCUAAAGAAGGACAAGAACCAGUUGAGAAUAAAGAACCGGACACAGAAGUAGAAGGAACAGAUGAGAAUAAAGAACUGGACUCUGAAGAAAGACAAGAACCAGAGGAGAAUAAAGAACCAGGCUCUGAAGAAGGACAAGAACAAAAUGAGAAUAAAGAACCGGAUGCUGAAGAAGAACAAGAACCAGAUGAGAAUAAAGAACCAGACUCUGAAGAAGGACAAGAACCAGUUGAGAAUAAAGAACCGGACGGUGAAACACAAGAACCAGAUGAGAAUAAAGAACCGGAACCUGGAGUAGGACAACAACCAGAUGAGAAUAUAGAACCAGACUCUGAAGAAGGACAAGAACCAGAUGAGAAUAAAGAACCGGACACUGAAGAAGGACAACAACCAGUUGAGAAUAAAGAACCGGACGGAGAAGCACAAGAAACAGAUGAGAAUAUAGAACCGGAUGCUGAAGAAGAACAAGAACCAGAUGAGAAUAAAGAACCGGACUCUAAAGAAGGACAAGAACCAGAUGAGAAUAAAGAACCGGACAGAGAAGCACAAGAAACAGAUGAUAAUAAAGAACCGGACACUGAAGAAGGACAACAACCAGAUGAGAAUAUAGAACCGGACUCUGAAGAAGGACAAGAACCAGAUGAGAAUAAAGAACCAGACACAGAAGAAGGACAAGAACCAGAUGAGAAUAAAGAACCAGACUCUAAAGAAGGACAAGAACCAGUUGAGAAUAAAGAACCGGACACAGAAGUAGAAGGAACAGAUGAGAAUAAAGAACCGGACUCUGAAAAAGGACAAGAACAAGAUGAGAAUAAAGAACUGGAUGCUGAAGAAGGACAAGAACCAGAUGAGAAUAAAGAACUGGAUGGUAAAGCACAAGAAACAGAUGAGAAUAAAGAACUGGACUCUGAAGAAAGACAAGAACCAGAGGAGAAUAAAGAACCAGGCUCUGAAGAAGGACAAGAACAAAAUGAGAAUAAAGAACCGGAUGCUGAAGAAGAACAAGAACCAGAUGAGAAUAAAGAACCAGACUCUGAAGAAGGACAAGAACCAGAUGAGAAUAAAGAACCGGACGGAGAAGCACAAGAAACAGAUGAUAAUAAAGAACCGGACACUGAAGAAGGACAACAACCAGAUGAGAAUAAAGAACCAGACACAGAAGAAGGACAAGAACCAGUUGAGAAUAAAGAACCGGACACAGAAGUAGAAGGAACAGAUGAGAAUAAAGAACCGGACGCUGAAGAAGGACAACAACCAGAUGAGAAUAUAGAACCGGAACCUGGAGUAGGACAAGAACCAGAUGAGAAUAAAGAACUGGACUCUGAAGAAGAACAAGACCAAGAUGCGAAUAAAGAACCAGACAGUGAAGCACAAAAAACAGAUGAGAAUAAAGAACCAGACGAUGAAGCACAAGAAACAGGUGAGAAUAAAGAACCAAAUGCUGAAGAAGGACAAGAACCAGAUGAGAAUAUAGAACCGGACUCUGAAAAAGGACAAGAACCAGAUGAGAAUAAAGAACCGGACACUGAAGAAGGACAAGAACAAGAACCAGAUGAGAAUAAAGAACUGGACUCUGAAGAAGGACACGAACCAGUUGAGAAUAAAGAACCGGACACAGAAGUAGAAGGAACAGAUGAGAAUAAAGAACCGGACUCUGAAAAAGGACAAGAACAAGAUGAGAAUAAAGAACCGGAUGCUGAAGAAGGACAAGAACCAGAUGAGAAUAAAGAACUGGAUGGUAAAGCACAAGAAACAGAUGAGAAUAAAGAACUGGACUCUGAAGAAAGACAAGAACCAGAGGAGAAUAAAGAACCAGGCUCUGAAGAAGGACAAGAACAAAAUGAGAAUAAAGAACCGGAUGCUGAAGAAGAACAAGAACCAGAUGAGAAUAAAGAACCAGACUCUGAAGAAGGACAAGAACCAGAUGAGAAUAAAGAACCGGACGGAGAAGCACAAGAAACAGAUGAUAAUAAAGAACCGGACACUGAAGAAGGACAACAACCAGAUGAGAAUAAAGAACCAGACUCUGAAGAAGGACAAGACAAAGAAGAGAAUAAAGAACCAGACGGUGAAGCACAAGAAACAGAUGAGAAUAAAGAACCAGACGCUGAAGAAGGACAACAACCAGAUGAGAAUAUAGAACCGGAACCUGGAGUAGGACAAGAACCAGAUGAGAAUAAAGAACUGGACUCUGAAGAAGAACAAGACCAAGAUGCGAAUAAAGAACCAGACAGUGAAGCACAAAAAACAGAUGAGAAUAAAGAACCAGACGAUGAAGCACAAGAAACAGGUGAGAAUAAAGAACCAAAUGCUGAAGAAGGACAAGAACCAGAUGAGAAUAUAGAACCGGACUCUGAAAAAGGACAAGAACCAGAUGAGAAUAAAGAACCGGACACUGAAGAAGGACAAGAACAAGAACCAGAUGAGAAUAAAGAACCAGACUCUGAAGAAGGACACGAACCAGUUGAGAAUAAAGAAGCGGACAGAGAAGCACAAGAAACAGAUGAGAAUAAAGAACCGGACACUGAAGAAGGACAAGAACCAGAUGAGAAUAAAGAACCGGACUUUGAAGAAGGACAAGAACCAGAUGAGAAUAAAGAACCAGAUGGUGAAGCACAAGAAACAGAUGAGAAUAAAGAACUGGACACUGAAGAAGGACAACAACCCCAUGAAGAACCAGAGACCGAAGAAGGACAAACAGAAGAGGGAAAAGAGCUAGAGAGUGAAGGCCAACAACUAGAUGAGAGAAAAGAACAAGACGACGAAGGACAACAACCCGAUGAGAAUAACGAACCAGAAACUGAAGAGGGACAACAGCCAGAUGAGAGAAAAGAACAUGGGGUUGAAGAAGGACAACAACUAGAUGAGAAUAAAGAACCAAAGCCUGAAGAAGGACAAGGAGACCAAAAUAAUAAUGAAAAUCCUGAAAAAGUGAUAGCACCAACACUGAAUCCUAUAAACUGGAUGGCAUCCUUAGCUGAUGACAAGAGGCUCUACUCCAUUACAAUCCCAGGCACACAUGAAAGUCUCACUUAUGAUGGGCUACUCCUUUACAGGUGCCAGGAACUUGAUUUACAAACUCAGCUUAGUGCUGGUGUGAGAUUCUUUGAUAUGGAGUUGAAGACAGGGAUUAUUGAUAAAACCACCCUUUAUGUCAAGAUCGGAAAUAUCUUCAAAUAUGUCAAGUUCAUAGAUGUUCUGAAUACUUUUAAAGUAUUUUUAAGUUAUCAGAAGUUAGAAACCUUGCUUUUACGACUUACUCCUGACACAAAUGCUGUUCACCUAGUAAACAACCUGUUUAGUGAAGACAUAAAUGUGUGGAAGGAACCAAACAUACCUUCAGUUUCUCAGGUAAGGGGCAAGAUAGUCUUGCUUCAAAGCUCAACCUUUCAUCUAGGGAUUGCCAGUGGCGUCACAUUUAGUUUUCAUAAUGGAAAACCAAAGGAAGAACAACUACCAGAAAACCUCAGCCAAGCUGGAAAGUAUUGUGUUGGUAACUUGGUUAUCACAGAUACCAGCUCUACAAAUAUAUUUGAUAUGCCGGAAAAAGUAGCAAAGAAAUUCAACACAGUGAUAGAUCACCAUCUAGAGAUGCUUUUACAUGACUCAAAUAGUCCAUCUUGUCUUGGAGUGAUUGCUAUGGAUUUUCCAGAUCAACAGAUCAUCAAGAAAAUUAUUGCUUUUAAUUUAAAAGGAGCAACAAAGUCAUCAUCAAAAAAUGAAAAGACAGAUGUAUAAGGAGGUGCACAGAUGCACAAGGACAGGCAUGAUUUCUGAAAAGGUGCAAUAGUUCUAAUAUUCCAACCUUAAUGACACCAAGAACAUCCCACCAAGACCACCCACUGAAAGUGUUAUCAUCCACCCUGAAUGGUUGAAUGACACCCAAGGUCAGGCACAAUGCAAAAUAAUUAUUAAG